AGAAAAAGAAAAACGAAAAAUUGACCGAAUGCAUCGGAGAAUUCGACGAAAAUCAUAAAUCGAAGAGUGGAUAUGCAAAUCCUACGUCAUUAGAACGUACGUAGCCUGAAAACCUUUCGUAUCUAUCAUUCAUUAGCAGUACUGGUACUAACCAUGUAUAUAAAAACGUCAUAAGUCUAGGAAAAACUAAGACUUUUAAGCCCUUUUGGAAUGACUAGGUGGAAUCGAACACGACAUUUUUUACAAUCCCCCGCACAAAGACCGCCCCACAAGCAAACCGUACAAACACUGUCAAUGUGUGAGUGAAAAAAAUCCCACUGACCCCCCACACAUACGCGACGCCGCGAAAAAAUCACCGACACAAAGAUAGUCUACCGAAAACUUCAAUACGAACUUUUACACGCAUACUUUUAUAACCCUCACACAGAUGAUAUACGUACGAGGAUGGUUCGCUUGUGUUCGUGGAUGCAGCGCGUUGAGAUGCAAGCUAAACUUAGAUGUCGAUGUGUGUGUGCUCACAGUUGCAAGAUCCGAAAACUUGGUAGAGACGCAUGUGCACGCAACUUGCAGCAUUAACCCCAACCCAAACCUAACCUUACGGAAAUUGGUAUAAGGGCGAAUUUUAUUUGAUGCGUUUGACCUAUAAGGCUUUUUGAGUGUGAAGCUUGCUGCGCAAGCGGGUAGUUUUCAUAUAAAACUUGGUGGCGCGAGAUGCAGCGAGUGAGACAGAGAUAAUGCAUCUCUUUCACCACCCGCCGCCCGCGGCAGGGGGAGGGGGGCAGUGUCGCGUUGAUGAACAUUUCUCUCGUUUUUCUUUAUUUUUACGCGAAUCGUUUUUAAAGGGUUUCGUCAUAAUUGCUAAGAGAUUAUGUUGACAGGGGUGUUCAUGGGACGGAGUAAACAAAUACUGUCACGUGUCUUGGAUUACAAUUAUUCGCACGAUAAAAAAUAUUCUGGACGAAAAAAAAAAUUCACAUUUCUCAAUUUUUCAUGAUGCUGAUCCCUUUGUUACGGUCAUUCCGAAUACUUUUAUUUAUACAGCGAAUAUAAAGUGAACAGUAGAACUAUUCAUUCUAUUGUAUAUUCGCUGAUAUAUUUCUGAAUUAAUAAAUAAAGUUUGAACAAAACGCAAAAGUAACAUUACACGUAUAUGAACUAAUAGAAACAAAACGCUGAAAAAACAAAACGACUCAAGUAAACACGCCGGUCGCGGAACGCGGGAAAACCUUUCCCGCCUUUUCUCUGAGACGUUUUUGCAAAGAUUUCUAAUGCGAAUCUUAUAAGAAUACUUACAAAUGUAUAUUUUGAAUUAUUAUGUAGAAAGUAAGAUUCUAACAGGAAAAAUAACAGUUUAAUGAUAGUUGGAUAGAUAAAAGAAUGCUUUUGUCUAAACGAGCUGGCGAUGGCGGCCAGUUCCAAAACCAUUAUUAAAAUUGGCUUUUUAAAUUUACGUUCCGUUCGUGCACUCAGAAUUUCACUGGCCAGUAUUUUUAAAUUUGGAAAACCUAGGAUGAUCCGUGUUUAGGCAUAUUUCAGGCACAUCCACAGCGAGGGGAAGAGAAAAAACAAAAAAACGUUCGUCGGGCGGCAGUUAGGCAGCAGCCACGGCGCGCGCCGGCCGCGUCCAUCCUUCAUAUUAUUUUAUUACGUGUUUCAUUUCGCGUAGCCUUUGGACGGCGCUAGUUGUGCGGCGCGAACGUGAAAAUUGUGACUUUGGACCCUAAAUCAUGGAAACGUUUCACUCGACAAACAAAAAUUAUUAUCCCUCGGCAAAAUUAUUCAAAAUAACCGCAACUAUACGCAGUUCAAACUAGGUUUUCGUUUCUAUCUUUUUGUUUGACACAAACUACAGUUAAAGUUUUAGUUGGUAUUUCUUGUUUUUUUAACAAACCGGGAAGAUGACACUGUAAGCGACAAGGACUCGUACACAAGAAUUAAGAAGGAGAACAGAAGAGAGGUAGAAGAUGGCACUUGCAUCCUCUGUGAGCUUGUACUACUCGAUAGUGCAGCGGGCGGCGAGGCACUAUUUAGAAGAUUACUGUCAUACAGACACGACAGCACCAUAUGUCCUAUACAAAGAUGGCGUGGAGCGGGCUCCUCCAGGCACGCAGUGGGGCGGAGGCGUGCUCGACGGCGGCUACCAGCCCAUGCAACACCAGAGCCCGGGCGGGCCCUCGCCGCAGCCCGAGCCGCAGUUGGCCUCCCCUGCCCCCUCGCCCUACCCUCCAGCCCCCCCGCCCCCCGACCAAUCCGCAGAAGAAGCCGCCCAGCAACUCGCACAGCAACAAGCUCAGCAGCAAGUCCAACAACAGCAAACUUCACCUGAACACAUGCAGGUCGAACAGCAGCUCCAAAACCAACCACAAACACAACCAACCCAGGACCAUCUCGACCGCGGACCCUGCUUCAUACCGCAGCCAGACUUGAACCAACAGUACACGCCGUAUUUCAAAGAAACCAGACCCGCCAGCCAUAUGUUAGGUGGCGGCGGAUUCCCGCUACAUUACCUAAAACAGAACGGAGGCGUUCUUUCGCUAGAAGGCCCGCUCGACCAAUACGGAGCUCCCGAACUCCGCCACUUACCUGACAUAGUUCAACCGGAGCCGCCGAAGCCGCGCAAACACAACCCUAAUUCGGAACUAAGGCUGUUCAAAUGUUUGACUUGCGGGAAAGACUUCAAGCAGAAGUCGACGCUGCUACAGCACGAGCGUAUUCACACGGACUCGCGGCCGUACGGCUGCCCCGAGUGCGGCAAGCGCUUCCGCCAGCAGUCGCACCUCACGCAGCAUCUCCGCAUCCACGCCAACGAGAAGCCCUACGCUUGCGUCUACUGCCCGCGCUCCUUCCGGCAGCGCGCCAUCCUCAACCAGCACCUCCGCAUCCAUUCCGAUGUCUCGCCGCAUCUGAUCUUCAAGAACGGGACCACGCCGACGUUGUGGCCGCAGGACGUGCCGUUCCCCCCGGACGAGGGAAAGGAGGAGGUGAUGUCCACGUUUGGCGACGCGGAGGGCCAGAACGGGGAGCAACGUGGGUCGUGCUUCUCCCCGGGCGACACGGCGCAGUACCCGGCGUACUUCAAAGACACGAAAGGGCUCAACCACACGGUAUUCGGCUCGGGGCUGUCAUUACAAUAUCUGAAGGGAGGCAAGUUACCAGACGUGCUAGGCGGCCGCGCGAUGCCUCUAUUCGUCCGCUGCCCGAUCUGUCAAAAAGAGUUCAAACAGAAGUCGACGCUGCUGCAGCACGGCUGCAUACACAUAGAAUCCCGGCCGUACCCUUGCCCCGAGUGCGGGAAACGAUUCCGGCAGCAGUCGCAUCUCACGCAGCAUCUCCGCAUACACACGAACGAGAAACCGUACGGAUGCGUGUACUGCCCGCGCUUCUUCCGGCAGCGGACCAUUCUCAACCAGCAUCUCCGUAUUCACACCGGCGAAAAGCCGUACAAAUGCACGCAAUGCGGUAAAGAUUUCCGGCAGAAGGCCAUCCUGGACCAGCACACGCGGACGCACCAGGGCGACCGCCCGUUCUGCUGCCCUAUGCCGAAUUGUCGGCGGAGAUUCGCCACGGAGCCGGAAGUAAAGAAGCACGUGGAUAAUCACAUGAACCCGCACGCGGCGAAGGCGCGGCGCGCGGAGGCGAACAAGACGCCGCGGCCGCUGCCGCCGGCGGCGGCGGUGGUGAAGCCGGAGCUGUACUUCCCGCAGUGCUACGCGCCGCCGUUCCAGCAGUUCCCGCCGACGUCGCAGGAGUUCAAGCCGGCCGUGGGCCCGGGCGCGCCGCUGGCGUGCCUGCCGGCGCAGUGACCCGCGCCGCCGCCGCGGUGGCCGCCGGCGCAGCCGCAGCCGCACGCGUCGCACGACCUCUACGCCGUCGACCGCCUCUACUAGAGGCUCAGUAUACGAGCGCCGCUCCGCGCCUAUCAUAUACGAGAUCGCUGUAAACGAGCUUCGGUCUGUAAAUAACUAAAUACCCAGUUUGUACUCUCCGAGUCGCAGUGUACAGUAUAAAGUUCGUCACGAAUAGUGUUACCGUUGAGAAGCGAGUACAGAUAGAGUUUUUGCUCCGUAAUAUUAAGUUACCACGUAAGAGUUAGGUUUCUCGGUGAUUCUUCGAGCUCGAAUUGUUCACGAUAUACGGAUCCAACCAGAGAUUAGACGUUUAAAAGUCUUCGUUUAAAUCUAAAAUAAGAUUAGAAUCUUUUACCACGAGCAUAUUUCGCGAUG